AAAAUGUGAUUAUCUGUGGUUGUAAACACUUGCUUAUCUGUAAAUGUUUAGUCAAAUCUAGGAAAAGGAAUUUCUAAAAUCAAGUAAUAAUGUGCAAAAAUACUAUGCUAUAAACUUGAAUAUGUCAUACUUUGUUUUCAUAACGAUUUCUUAUUAUUAGUUGUGAUCUAAGUAACAAUUUGGAAAAUAAAUCCUAAGGCACUAAGAAGAAAAAAACAAGAUGACUACUUUAGAUCUAGAUGAAGAUUUACUGAAUGACCAAAAUUUGAUAGGAUCUAUACAAAACUUAGAUCAUUCAAUUACUAACAUUCAAACCUUAUUAGAAUCACGAUUAAGUAUAGAUUACAGUUCGCUUACUGUAGAAGAAAAAAUUAAACAUGAUAUAUUAAUUGCAUUUGCUCUUAAUAGCUUGUAUUGGAUGUACUUAAGAUUAGAUGGUACUGAUCCAACUACUCAUAACAUUAAACGUGAGCUAGAUCGAGUAAAAGCUUCUAUAGAAACAGCAAAAGUAGCUAUAAAUAAGAAAAAUAUGCCAAGAGUAAAUAAAAAUGUUGCUGAUAGAUUUGUUGGUCAUGCCCUCUGGACUUCUGAAGAGAAAAAAAGAAGAUCACAAGAAAUUGUUUCUCAAAACAAAAAAAUUAAAUUUGAUGAUAAUGGUGAUCCAAUAUCAUAGAAAAAAAAAUUUGAACUGUAUUCUUUAUAUUACACUAUGUAAACUUUAUUUUAAUUUAAUAAAACAAUUUAGACAUUUAAAA